AUGCCUGUAUUCGGUAGGCUAGAGACUGAAGUUGCGGCUAAGGCUCCUGCUUAUAAGUUCCACGAGGUUAACAGCAAGAGAAUACAUGAGACAGCCAAAAUUUGCCCCAAGUAUUUUCAGAAAAUUGAUUUAAAAGAAGGUGAAUGGGGAGGAGAGGGCUCUGUCACGUGCUGGUAUUUUGUCAUUGAUGGGAAAGCUGUAAUGUCUAGGGAGAUACUUGAAAAGGUGGAUAAUGAAAACCAGUCUGUCACAUACAAUGUGAUUGGAGGAGUACUCAAGGAGACUUACCAGAGUUUCAAAUUCAUUGUGCAAGCCAUUCCAAAGGAUGAGGGGAGUUUGGUCCGUUGGACUUUAAUAUAUGAGAAACUAAAUGUAGAUGUUCCUGAUCCAAAUGCAAUGCUUCAGUUUGGAACUGAUGUGACCGCAGAAAUUGAUGCAUAUCUUACCCAGGAGGAGCUGGAAAAAAAGACUAUAGCAUGA